AUGGGCAGCCAAGUACGGAAGCGUCUGGGCGCGUACGAGAGACACGAAGAGAUUGGACGUGGUACCUAUGGCACUGUAUAUCUUGGAUAUCAUACUACGUCUCAUAGGCGUGUUGCUAUUAAGAAAAUAUUUGGACCAUUGAACGCAGGACAACAGGAAGCGGAUAUUCUUGCUACAUGUCGAGGUGCUACUUAUAUUGUCCAGCUAUUGGAGGUCAUAGAGUGCCAUGAGAAGCUCUACUUGGUUUUAGAAUAUAUGGACAGCGAUUUAGAGACGUUAAUUAGCGCGACAGAGAGUGUACCGACGCUUGAUGUAGCCCAGGUGAAGGCUUAUUUGAAGAUGCUACUACUUGGUGUACACGAGCUUCACUCGAGAGGAAUUUUGCAUCGUGAUUUGAAACCUAAUAAUCUGUUGCUGUCAAAGACACAGCAUUGCGCUAAAAUCACUGAUUUUGGUAUGGCGGUGGCAAUUGAGAAAGAAAGUGAUGAGAAAGACGCAAAUACAGAUGCAGCAUCGGUGAAUACUAAAACCAAGAGGUCAGUGCAAGUGGUCACAAGAGCCUAUCGAGCACCUGAGAUCUUCUUUGGCGAAGAAAGUUAUGGCUUUGAGGUCGACAUGUGGUCCGUGGGCUGUAUCUUUGCGGAGAUGCUGUUGCGUCGCCCGCUGGCUGAUGGAUCCUCGGACAUUGACCAGCUGAGCAAGAUCUUUGCCGUCUUGGGAUCCCCACUUGAGAACGGAUGGAAUGAAGCUGCUCAGUUGCCGUUUUAUCUCCGGUUCAAAAACACAAACCCAAAGCCGCUAACGGAGCAGUUCUCAAUGCUGUCAGCUGCUGGCGUUGACCUUUUAUCUCAAAUGCUGAAACUAGACCCAAAGCAGCGCAUCUCGGCACGCAAGGCGCUCGAGCACGAGUUUUUCAGUGAAAGCCCUGAGCCAGCAGCUCCGUCCGAUUUGAUUGUCGCAAAUCUCCCUGAUCGUGUAGAGUUUCCUGCAAUUAAUGACAUUGACGUGUGCAGUACAUCUGUGAUCAAAGGCCGACGCCUUUUGUAG